UUAGAGGAAAUAUAUGCCGGCAUGGAGUCCUCACUGUGGGCGGAAGUAAUCAAGUCCCUUGCCAGUAUGCAUCAUGUUCAACAUCAGGCCCUGCUUGAGCUGCGCCAGGACCAGGAUCGCCGAUUCCAGGAGGUGCUCCAGUCUCAAGCAAAGGACCGGCACGCGAUCCGGAGCUUACUGCACCAGGAGAAAGCCUUGGCCGCGAUCCCGGAUACAGCGGCCCCCAUGCUUCUGGUCGCCCUCAUGAAAAUGGGGGCAGAAGAUGAUCCUGAGGCAUUCUUGGACCUGUUUGAGAGGAUGACUGAGAUCUGGAGCUGGCUGCAUACUCAGUGGGCGGCCAGACUCAUCCCACUGUUGUCCAGGGAAGCCCAGCUCACGGCACAACAACUACCGGCAGCGAGUAUCCUGGUGAACGACGAUCUGAGGUAGACCAUCCUGCAGCAGGUCGGGCACAGCCCUGAACAGCACCAACAACACUUCUGUUCGAUGAAGAUGGAUGUGCGUGUCCACCCAUUUGCCUUCACUCAACAGCUCCAGGAAGUGGCUGAGGACUGCGACGCCAAGGGAGUCAUCGAUUUUGUGGUGCUGGAUCAGCUUAUCCUUCGUCUGCCGAAAGGAACGGCGGAGUGGGUCCAGUGCCACCGCCCGGCGUCACUGGAGGAGGGCAUCCAACUGGCUGAGGACCAUAUGUUGACGUAUCAGAGGGCGGAAGAGCCCUCCAACUCUCUCUCCCCUCCCUCUCUCUUUCCCCCUCCUCUCACUCUGUCCCUUUGUUACAGCCAAUUCUGUUUUCCCGGAGGCGUGGAAAUGUACCACCGAAGCCGGCUCCCCGUUCACGGGGGAUUUCCCUGCUGCCGAUGUCUUUAUGUCGAUAUCUUUUUGCUCUCCCCCUCAGGUGAUUGAACCCGCUGACACGGGUGCGGCCGUAACACCUGGGCCAGCCUGCUGGAGUUGCGGGGAACCUGGGCAUUUCCAGGACCAAUGCCCAGUUAUGCAGCUGGGAACAUUGAUCCAGGUCCCCAACACUCCACGGGCUGCCCCCGAUCGAGCCGGAGCAUACAGAAUACCGUGAGCGUCAAGGGGAGUACACAUCAUGCCUUGGUGGAUACUGGCUGCAAUCAGACCACUAAACAGCAAUGUUUGGUUCAAGACGAAGCUUUGGGCACAAGUAAAAGGAUGCAAGAAAUGCAACAGAAUAAAGAGCUGACGAUUGCCAGUAAUCGUAGUCUGGCAGAGCAGAACCUCGGCCUGCAGCCCGAACUCGACCACCAGAAGAUUCAGCUGACCAAACGCUACAGCUGUUUACAAGAGCUCCACGAGGCCUAUCAGCUCCGCAAGUCCACGCUAGGAAGCAGUUCACUGGACACGUUGCUGGCUCUUUUGCAAACUGAGGGAGCCAAGAUUGAGGAAGAAACAGAGAACAUGGCCGAUUCGUUCUUGGAUGGAACUUUAUCUCUGGAUAGCUUUAUCGAUGACUACCAGAGCAAGAGAAAACUGGCCCAUCUGAGGCGUGUGAAGAUUGAUAAGCUACAGGAGACAGUGUUAAAAGAUGUUCAGGUUCCUCUGGGCUCCUCUAAUGGUUCUUCACAACCUCAGGAAACCUCCAGCUCCUCCACACCCUUCCAAGGCCUUUCUAAUGGUUCUCCAGCCCAUGUAAAAGCUACACCAAUAUCUCAGCCAUUGCCUUUGUCCUACCCCUUGCCAAAUAUGGAACCAUCAUAUUCAUGUCCGUUCCCACCACUCCCUCAAGGACCCGGCUCUGGUCUUCCCCCAAGGGCGGGUUUUAUAAUGCAAUGAAUUUCUGCUCACUAAACCUUUUCAUUAGAAUGUGAAACGUUUUUUUUUUUUUUCAUUAGAUGCACUUUGAUCUGAUACAGGUUUGGGUUCUUGACCUAUUUGCUGGCCCACACGGAAUAUGAACUUACAGUCUUCUGCAAAACGCCUGUAAUUCUCAAAGUUCACAACACUGUCUACAACUUGUGUUUGCUUAUUUAAUAGUUUGGCCAAUUUGAUCAUGCCUUCAGCUAUCAAUAAGAGUAGUACUCUCUACUCUAACACAUUUUGCCAUAAUUAAAGGUGAAUUGUGUAAUAUUUUGAGAUGUUAAAUAAUUUCUCCUAUCUUAGUUAAUAUGCAGAGACUAUAAGUAAGCCAUUCGUAGGUUGAUUUCCCUAAAAAGUGUAGUCACUUUGGCUGUUUGUUUGAGCAUCUCUACCAACCUGAUGUAACAAUGUUGACUAAACCAGUGGUGUGAGUUUGGGGCGGGGCUAUCAGUUUGUCUAACCAAUAUCAGGUGGGAGGCGUUCUGGAAACCAGUUUGAAAAAAAAUAUUUUUUCAAUUCCAUUUGGUGAGGCUUGUGUUGCGGAAAUUACUCGCUUCACUUUAGUAAACCCAAAAAUUAAACUUCUCUUAUCAUUUACUCAUCCUCAUGCCAUCCCAGAUGUGUAUGACUGUCUUCUGCAGAACACAAACAAAGCUUUUUCAGAUGUGAAAGUGGAGAUUUAUAGCAAAAAAGACUUAAAUAUUGAUCUGUUUCUCACCCACACCUAUCAUAUUGUUUUUGAAGAUAUGGAUUUAACCACUGGAGUCUUAUGGAUUACUUUUAUGCUGCUUUUUGGACCUUCAGAUUUCUGGCCACCAUUCAUUUGCAAUGUACAGACCUACAGAGCUGAGAUAUUCUUCUAAAAAUCUUUGUUUGCGUUCAACAGAAGAAAGAAAGUCAUACACAUCUGGGAUGGCAUAUGGGUGAGUAAAUGAUGAGACAAUUUUCAUUUUCUAGUAAACUAUCCCUUUAAAUAAUUUUUGCAAAUUCUCCAUCAUAAUCAAAGCAGAAAAUGUGGUAAAAGUGUGCAGGUUCCAUCUGGGCUUGCCAAUUUGUUUGUUUUUAUAACAUAAAUAUGCAGUUUAACUUUAAUAUCCGUUUCAGAUUAUGAAGAUAACUUUAUAAUUUUACAAAUUUAAGACAUCAAAACCUUUCAUUUAAAAACAGUAUUGUAAAUAACUUAAAUUACAAAAUGGGGGGGUAUUGCAUGUCUCUUUAAAAAUGCCUAUAUUUGAUCGAAAAUUAUAGCAAAACAGAUGUGAUCUUGGAAAAAAAAAAAAAAAAGAUGGAAAUGGUUCAUAUGCACAUUUAAGACUGAGAACUUACUGUGUAAUUUUGUAUUUGUGUGGAAUCCUUCCUUUUGUCAUUCAAAUGAUAAUAAGGCUUUAUUGAUAUUUUGGAUUUCUGUAUUAAAACUAACCAGCAACCAAAGAUGCACUCCAUCUUUUCCAUGAACACUCCAUAAAGGCUGUUUACUCUGGAAGUUUUUGGGACUAAAACCUUAAUUGUUUUGUUUUAAUGUAAACAUUCAUUGUUUAACUGUACCUGUGGCAUUAACAGACCAGCCUGACAAAUAGCUCUCCUAUGGUAAACCUUUCUUAGUUAUAAUCAGACUUGUUAUCCAAUCCUUCACUGUUUUCUUUGGAAAAACAACUACAACAUUAAAUAUUAGAAGAUAUUAAUAUUAAAAUAAUUUGGAUGCUGUUUACAACAUUUCCAACAUGUUAAGUCAUCUAUUUUGGCAUUUUAUUUCUUUGUUGGAAUCUGUCUUUGCAGAAAAGUGCAGGUACUUUGAUGUAAAACUGUUGUCAUGCUGGGCUGUGACAAUUCUUGUGCAUGUUUUAUAAGAAGGAUGUUAUUAUGCAAGUUUGCAAAGUUAGGAAAUCAAUUACACUGCUGUAAGUAAGGGUAAAAAAAAAAAUCAAAUGUGCCUUGCAAUGAAAAAAACAAGUGACAUUUAUUGAAGAAGAAAGCAUUUAAUCAUGCUUAACUUUGUUCGAAGCCAUCAACAUCUUUUUGUUACUGACGAAAAUUAUUUUGAACAACUGUUUAAUCUAUAGUGUAGUAUCCUGUAACACUCCUUAUGUAAUGUAUAUUGUAAUUGUUUGAUUAGUGGUUAUUAGUGUCUAGAUUUUUUAAAUGCUGAUUAAUAAAUGCCUAAAACACUUCUAA